AUGCCGUCGAAUUCCCAGCGACCAAGCGACAGCGCCGUGAAAGUGUCCAGAGCCCUCUCAACCUCAAGGCACGAACGAGUUCUCGACUCUUUUCUCCAUUUCGAGUAUGCUCUCGCUGCAUUUUCUGAAGACCUUUUGCUGACUGCUCGCAAGACUCUAGGCUUGGUCUCUCCGACCAGUGUCCCGUUCACGUCUGUUCCACUGGGCAAAACGACUUUUCAGAUCACCACUUCUGUGGGCUACGCUCUACAAACCUACGACUUGCAACGAGGCCUCAAUCUUGUUUUCCUCAGUCGCCCCCAAUGCCCGAGUCAGAUUACGUCUACGUGCGCAUAUCGAGACAGAGUCUUUGCGGCUUGGGGAGGAUCACACCCCGCCAGCCCUAGAGGCGUUUGGGUUGUCAAGCGAGGCCAGGUUGUUGGUGAGUUAGAGGUUGAUAACACUUAUACUCAAGAGAUUGAAAGGAUACUUGUAUUUGGCUCUUGGAUAGUAGGAUGUGGAAAGCAAGCGAUCGAAGUCUGGAAAUCCGACACGUACGAACACUAUACAACCAUACUCCCGUCUACUCCUGCCGCUGCCAGCAAUUCCAAAGAAGUUUUCUCGGGUCAAAUUUGCACCCUACCUACCAUCCUGAAUAAGGUCUUUGUUGGAAGAAAAGAUGGCUAUAUUGAGGUGUACAAUGUCAGUACAGGGAGACUGGUGCACACAAUCCUCGCUCCGUCGGCAAAUUGCGGUUCGGUAACCGCUCUUUCCCCUGCCCUUGCGCUGUGUCUGCUCGCAGUUGCUUACGCCGAUGGCUCUCUUAUCAUAUUUGACGUCGAGUCCGACGAAAAGGUACUGGAACUGCAUCAAAAAGACACCAAAAAGCCAAUCACAUCGAUAAGCUUCCGGAGUGAUGGCAUGGGUGCGGGAGACGAUGGUCGUAAAUCUGGCUCAAUGGCUACGUCUAGUAUCGGUAGCGGAGAUAUCACGCUCUGGGACCUCAAUCGUGGAGGUAAGAUUGUGGGAGUUUUGCGAGGGGCCCAUGAGACAUCGAGCCUUGGUCAAGCCACAGGGGUGAACAAGGUCGAAUUUCUUCCUGGACAGCCUGUGCUGAUUUCGUCGGGCUUGGACAAUUCUCUGAGGUCCUGGGUGUUCGACGAGAACCCUUUCUCACCAACACCUCGACUCCUACACUCACGGAGCGGCCAUUCUGCUCCAGUAACUAGGCUCAGAUUUCUGCCCACCGCCUCAGAUGGGUCGGACGCUGCCGGGAAAUGGCUUCUAUCUGCCGGUAGCGACCGAAGCCUCUGGGGAUUCAGUCUCCGGCGCGAUGGCCAGAGCACAGAGUUAAGUCAAGGUGCAGUCAAACACAAGGCUCGGAAAACGGGACUGCUUACAGACGAUGGCCCUGGAGUGGAGCAAUUCAAAGCCUCGCCUAUCAUUGAUAUGGCCUGUUCCCUAAAUAGAGAUGGCGGGAUGGGUGCAGUGGGCGGCCAAGUCUGGGCUAAUGCGAAGACAAGUAAUGCAGAAGUGACCAGCAGUACUGGUUGGGAGAGUGUUGUCACUGCUCACCUCAACGAUCGCUUUGCGAGAACGUGGUCUUGGGGAAGGAAAAAGGCCGGCAGGUGGGCUUUCGAGACUGGCGAUCAUAAGCCCGUUACUAGUGUCACCAUCACGACAUGUGGUACUUUCGCUGUCAUCGGCUCAGCUGGCGGCAGCUUGGACAUGUACAAUCUUCAAUCUGGGGUACACCGUCAGCGUUACCCUCCUCGUCUGACUCCUUCACAGGUCAAACUGCUCCAACAACAAGCUCAGUCAGAGCAGAUUCUGACCAUACCACAAGGUCAUCGAGAUGCUGUGACCGGCAUUGUUGUUGACAGUCUCAAUCGCACAAUGGUUUCUACCAGCCUCGAUGGCUCUGUUAUCUUCUGGGAUUUCUCGACCGGAAGGCUUCUAGAGAGACGCGCUGACGCCCAGGCUGUGCCCACGGCCAUCCGUUACAAUCCUUCGUCGGGGCUUCUCGCUCUUUCUUGUGACGAUCUUUGUAUUCGCAUCAUCGACAUAGAAAGCAGAAAGAUUGUCCGCGAGCUAUGGGGUUGUGUAGGGCAGAUCUACGACUACUGCUUCUCCCACGACGGCCGCUGGGUAGUGUCCUGUUCCAUGGACUCUAUUAUUCGCGUAUUUGACCUAGCGACAGGCCAUCUAAUUGAUGCCUUUCGAACUGCAACAUGCACCAGUAUUGCAUUCUCAUCGACUGGCGAGUUUCUAGCAACCACCCACGCAGGUAGCGCUGGCAUCAAUAUUUGGACGAACAAAGCCCUUUUCACGCACGUUUCAACGCGGCAGGUUGAUGAAGCUACAGGUGUCAUCGAUCUCACAGAAACAGCGGCCUUCCAAGCAGCAAGUCAACUCGCCAUUGCAGAAGCGGAGGCCGACGCAGAUGACGAGAUUGACGGGAUCGACGAUGAAUCAUCCACCGUCGACCAACUGGAUCGAAGCCUUCUCACGCUCUCCAUCGUCCCUCAAUCACGAUGGCAAACCCUCCUCAACCUCGACAGCAUCCGCGAACGCAACAAACCAAUCCAGGCCCCCGAGAAGCCCAAGGCGGCGCCCUUCUUCCUCGGCUCAGCAUUGACGAACGGUACCGGCGCCGACACAAGCUUGUCCACAGCUGCCGCAGAGGUCGAAGAGACUGAACGCUCUCGCAUAUCUCGUCUCGCGCUCGCAUCCUCGUCGCAGCCAUCGCACUCGAAAAUCUCGUCGCUUCUGACUUCCUUUUCGUUAGAACGUGACUCGAGGGAAUUGUGCGAUUACCUCACUACACUCCCCCCGUCGGCGGCAGACCUGGAAAUACGGUCCCUGACGCUGUCUGAGAUGCCCCUUUUCGUUGGCGCACUCACGGCCCAGCUCGAAUCACGACGCAGUUUCGAAUUGGUGAAUACAUGGAUGAGCGUCUUUCUCAAAGUGCACGGCGACUUUGUCGCAGACGUCCCUGGUCUCAACGAUGCCGUGCGCGAGUGGCGAUCGGUCAUGCAGGUCGAAGAGGAGAGAUUGAGUAAGCUGGUAGGCUAUACACGAGGCAUUGUAGAGUUCUUGAGGAGUGCGAGGUAG